UUCCCCCGCCAUUUCAGAAAUGGCGGCUCAGCUGGGCGGUAUGUUCUCCGGGCAGCCACCGGGGCCCCCGCCCCCCCCGCCGGGACUCCCGGGCCAGGCUUCGCUGCUUCAGGCCGCGCCAGGUGCCCCGAGAUCUUCUCCGAGUACCUUGGUGGAUGAGUUGGAGUCAUCUUUCGAGGCUUGCUUUGCUUCUUUAGUGAGUCAGGACUAUGUCAAUGGCACGGAUCAGGAAGAAAUUCGAACCGGUGUUGAUCAGUGUAUCCAGAAAUUUCUGGAUAUUGCGAGACAGACAGAGUGUUUUUUCCUACAGAAAAGAUUGCAGUUAUCUGUCCAGAAACCAGAGCAAGUUAUCAAAGAGGAUGUCUCCGAACUAAGGAACGAGCUACAGCGGAAGGAUGCUCUGGUCCAGAAGCACGUGACCAAGCUGCGGCAUUGGCAGCAGGUGCUGGAGGACAUCAGUGCGCAGCAUAAAAAGCCGGCUGAUGUCCCGCAGGGCUCGCUGGCCUACUUGGAGCAGGCGUCUGCUAACAUCCCUGCACCUAUGAAGCAAACCUGAGUUAGAGCUGGCCUGAACCGGGCUACUGUAUGAGUCAGCCUAAGCCCAGGGUUUUUGCCAAACACCACUUACUGAGGACAGUUCGUUUUAGAAGAACUCGUUGCCAUACAACGAGAUGCUUUUAGUUUCAUGCUCCCAUAUAAAAAUCUCCCAUUUUUAUAAGCUAUUAUUUCUUUAGUACUUUAUAAAAUACCUAUAGCUUUUGUAAACCAAGUAAAUUUUUUUGUAGCAAAGU